AUGGGGGAAUUAAUGGUAGCAACGAAAGAAAAGGUUAGUGAUCACGUAUAUGAAGAUGUUGCGUUGGUUAUUUUGUCAAAACUUCCUCUUAAAUCUUUGUUUCGAUUUGGUUGUGUGCGUAAAUCAUGGUCUCUUUUGUUUAAAAAUUCUUAUUUCAUGAACAUGUUUCGAAAGAAUUUCUUAUCCAAGAAUCCUUAUUGCAACGAUACAUCCCACUUCCUACAAUUUCGUGAACCCCAUAGAUUCGGUCACAUAUCUCGUCCUAUGUUGUAUUCUCUUUUUGGUGAGAGGUUUCAAAAUAUGGUCAAAUUAGAUUGGCCAAAUCCAUUUCAAAAGGAUGAAUUUCAUUUCCUUGUUCGGGGGUGUGUUAAUGGCAUUCUUUGUAUUGAAGAUGAUGGUAGAGAUGGUGGCAUUCUUUGUAUUGAAGAACUACAAAGAAUUGCAUUGUGGAACACGACUACCGGGGAAUUCAAAGCCACUCCUCCUAGUCCUUUUGCGUUUGAAUCUCCAUGUUGGGAUCCUAUGAUUUGUCUUCAUGGAUUUGGUUAUGACCAAGUUAAAGAUGACUACAAAGUGAUUCGAUAUAUAUCAUUUUAUCCAAAAACUGACGAAGAUUCGGAUGAGACAUGGAAAGAUGGAUAUCACUCUUCCUUGUGGGAGAUAUAUUGUCUUAAAAGCAACUCUUGGAGAAAACUUGAUAUAAAUAUGCCUACACAAGCUUAUGGUGGUAUGGUUCAAGUGUACAUGGAUGGAGUGUGCCACUGGUGGGGCGAAUGUGAAACAUCUGAUGAAGUUUAUUUGGUGUCAUUUGACUUAUACAGUGAGGUAUUUGUGAAAACCUUCAUACCUUUGAACAUGAAUGAUAUUGAUUCUAGACAAGUGUUUAGACACUUAAAUGUGUUAAAUGGUUCAAUUGGAUUAAUUUUAAAUUAUGUAGAGUCAACAACUUUUCAUAUAUCAAUUUUGGGUGAAGUCGGAGUGAAGGAGUCAUGGAUCAAACUUUUUAUUGUGGGUCCGUUGACCUGUGUUGAGCAUCCUAUUGGAGUUGGUAAAAAUGGUGAUAUAUACUUGAAAAAAAAGGAUAACAAACUAGUUUGUUUUAAUUUAAUCACCCAAAAAAUUGAAGAGCUUGGUGUCAAAGGUGAAACAGGCCAGAGCUGCCAAAUAAUAGUUUAUGAGGAAAGCCUUCUACCAAUUGAAAGAAUUAACACUUAG